UUUUGUACAAGCCAACACACUGUUCCGUUCAGAAAAUAUUACAAUCGUCCUCUCGCACUCGUAGUUUCAAUAAGUAACAUUAGUAAUUUAUAUAUAACAUCCCCCGACAAAUAUGAGGCACGUCAGUUUGCAAGCUCAUCUUGACAGGGCAACAAGAGACCAACAGCAAUGCUAGUAUAGGUGCAAAAUUGGGAUCAACAUGGCUGCAAAUAACAACUACGAGUACUUACCAAAUGGAUAUGUCGUGGAAAAUAAAACUCAUCAGCAGAAGGACAACCUCCACAGUCAAGCCAAAUUGAAAGAUGCGUGUAGAAAAAUUAUACCAAUAUCAAUAAAGGAAAGCAAGAUUAGCUUAAACUUUGUAAAAGUAAUAUCGUUCUUGUAUGGACUAUCUGUAAUAAUUGUAGUAGAAGACAAGGCCAGGUUACGCGAUUUUCUUUUCAAAAUGGGCACAGGUGAUACUUCGGAAACAGAUUUCCUUUUGGGCAGCUCACUACUUGAUUUACCUUUUGUGUUUAGCAAACAGGAUGUUGAAGUGGAUGCAAAUGAUGUUAGUGUUGCAAAUACAGUAGACUCUCAAAUAUCCGGCCUAAGGUGGCGGGCAGCUAGUCCGGAUAACGAAAAAGCCAGAUAAGCCGAAUCAAUGUAUCAAAUGUAUUUUAACUCAGAACUUACAUUUGUACUUAUGAAGGUAUGAGAAAAUGCAUAAAUAUAUUUAGUACAUUACAUAAUUCCUAGAUAAUAAUAUGUAUAUUAUAUUAUAUACAUUUUAAUAAUCUACAUA